GAAAGGUAGAAUCGGAAGACACAUUUAAAACGGAUUACUUGUAAUAAGUGUUUUGUGAUGAAAAUGUUUACUUUAAGUAUGAGAUACCUUUGAUCGGACCUGCAAAAGUACAUCAAAACAUGUACUUAAAAACUGAAUAAGCUUUGUAUGACUGUUUACAAUGCUGUUUUACAAAGUUUGGAUUGCAUGGACAUCAUGAAGUUUGACUUUGAAGUAUUUCAUUUUCUUAAUUCGAGAAUACUGUGCGAUUUCAAACGAAAAUGAACGUUUUGAAAAACAUGACUAACAAAAUAAAACAAACAACAAACAACAACUUAUUCAAAUUUGAUUGUUCAAGUAAUGCUGAUAUUGUGACAGUGACAGUGCUUUAUGACAAUGCUUUUGUGUAUAAAAGUGAUUAUUAUCGCGAGGAAUAUCGCUCCGCUCAAUCAAGGGCCAGGACGUCGGUUGGUAAAUAUUUGAAUACUAACCGGAAUAAUCUCCAUUGAGUUCCUCUUCGGCUGAUGAUUCUAAGACGGUAAACCCAGAUUCCCAUAGAAAUUUUAGAAUGGAUAUACAUUGGACCAUGAUCGCAGGGUUUUUGACAAUCAUCGCUUGGUUUUGGUAUUUCAAUUCAAAAAUGAACCGACUAAUGCAAGACAGGGGCCAACAUACUAUGCUAGUAAAAAAUGACAAGGCACAGCAGACGGAAGUAUACGCAGUUAACAUGGAUCAACAAACAAAAGUAGCCACAAUAAACAGAUACCAACAAACAGAGGUAGCCACCAACAACGGAGAAGUAAUAACCAUUGACAAACAUCAACAAACAGAACUAGAGACUGUUGACAGAGGUCAACAGACAGAACUGGAGACUGUUGACAAACAUCAACAAACAGAAAUAGAGACUGUUGACAGAGAUCAACAGACAGAUAUAUGCAAGGUGGAACAGACGCGAAAGGCGCAAGGUUUGGUCGUUGACAGCGACUUUGUCGGGGUCGUGCAAAAUGAGUUAGAAAAGUUUGAAAAUAGCUCAAUGGCUACCAAGUACAUCGAUAUAAAGAGGGAAAAUGGAACUAAAGGUUUAGAGGAAAAACUAAAGAUUGUAGUAAACAAAUGGAAGACAACUAAAUUGAAUAUUGCAGUCAUUGGACAAGCUGGUGUUGGAAAAUCUACUUUCAUUAACACAUUUUUAGGUAAUAGAAUUGCAAAGACAGGGUGUUACGAAACAACAGUCAGAUGCGAACCUUAUUUUCACCCUAAAAAUGACAAUAUGAUACUGUGGGACGUUCCUGGAGUUGGAACACGUUCAUUUCCAAGAAAUGACUACCUGCAGAAAAUAAACUUCCAAAGUUAUGACUUCUUUCUCUUAAUGCUAAGUGAAAGGGUUUAUGAAAACGAUUUAUGGUUAAUGAAGUGCAUUUUGAAAAUGAAAAAGAAGGCUUACAUUAUAAGGUCAAAAACAGAUCAAGCGAUUGAAAAUGCCCAAAAGGAUUAUCCUGGAUGUCCUGAAAAAGAAGUUUUAGACAUGAUAAAAGAUAACAUCGUCAAAGAAUUCCUUUCUGAAGACAUUCGUGAAACAAACAUAUAUCUCUUAAGUGGACAAGAUGACAGCCGCUUUGAUUUCAAACUUUUAGUUUCAACACUUUUGCGUGAAACACCUGAAUUGAAACGCUGUGCAAUGAUAUUUUCUGUUUCCCCCCUGUCUAAUGACAUUAUUACAGCGAAGGUAGAAGAACUUAAGGCACGAAUAUAUAUACAAGCAUUGGCAGCAUCGAUUGGAGCCACAAUACCGAUACCAGGUGCUGGCAUUCUCGUACAAGUGGCUUUGUUGUACGAAGAAGCUGAUUUCUACAGAGAGCAAUUAGGCACAGAUGAAGACAGCCUAAACAAGAUUGCAGAAAGAUUACAAUGCCCUGUCGAAGAUCUACAAAUAAAGUUAGACAUGAAGAUGCAUAUUAUACUUCGUACAAAAACGGCUUUUUUAUCCUUCUUAGGGACAACUGCAGCAACAGAAGGGAUUCAAUCUGUUUUGAAACUAGCUAUCCCAAUAAUUGGAAGCCUCAUCGCGGCAAGCACAAAUUAUCCGCUCUGCGUUUAUUCAUUAAGGAAAAUUCUCUCAGAGGUUGAGAAAGAAGCACGAAGCUUAAAUGCAUAUGUAGUAAAAUGGAUCGAAAGUGAAAGCCAGAUUUAAAUUCUAAAUAAUUUGGUAAUCAAAAGUUAUUAUUUCUGGGUUUUUUUAACUGUUAUCCUUAUGCCGUUAUAAUAACUCAACAUUGACUCGUAUUUGGUCUCACAUCUCGAGAGUGUUAAUGCUACAGUUGGAUAUUUUCUGUUUAAAUAAUUCAAAUAUAAAACAAACAUACAAAAUAUAUUGAGUAUGUCAGCUAACUGAGCUCGACUCCGAUUCAUAUUUGAGAAAAUAACAUGUUUAACAUUUAAACACUGUGUGAUGGUUUGCUGGCGUGAUCGUUAUUCUCUUCAUAUAGAAGUUGUGACUAACCACGACUUGUCUAAAUAUUUGGUGUGUUAAUAGUUUGUUAACGUACUUGUGAUCACUUUUAAAUUGUGUUUGAGACAAUCCUAUUUGAAAAAUGUUUGAAAAAAGAGAUUUCUCAUAAAACAAAUGCCAAUAUAUUUCAACAACUGACAUUAAAUAACACUUUAAAUCGUCAACUUAGCUCUUUGUUUUCAUAUGUUGCAGCGAAUCUUGGAUGAGUUUAGCCAAGUAAAAUUGUAUAGGAAAACAAGACAAAAGAAUUUAGCUUUGCGAUUAAGCUAUCAGAAAUAGCUUAUAUCUUGUUUGAUCACUGAAUCGAACUUUCAAUGAAAGUAUAAACAUAUAAGUUUUAUAUAUUGCGGAGUUAAGCCUUUGUGUGAAAAGUUAUGCCAUUUAUCAUCUUACUGCAGUGCUCUGUCAGGGUAAACUCUAAAACGAAUAAGUGUUAUAGCUUGAUUAACAUGCUAAAUUAUAACCAGUCUUUUAGGACGAAAAAUGUUCAAGAGUUGAGUGUGUAAAGGAGAACAUAUACAUGCUAAUAACGAUGUAUUGCUAUGAACAACUAGUGUUUACUAUUUUUAGUGAUUAAAUUUGUGUUGUAAGUAUAUGUAUUAGUAUGAUAAGUAUAUUUCACUGUAGCAAAUAGAACUGUUAUGUCAUGUGUGUUUGUACUUUAAUAAAGAUGAACUGUACAUAUUA